UGUGUGCAAAUUCUAGAAAGAAAUGCGUUGAAUUGAAGUCAGGCAUGGCGCUUCCAUUUCUAUAACUAACUUGUGAACAGAAAUCCAUUCGCUAAUUCACAUACAUUUCAUUGGAGAUGGAAAAUAGUAAGAGAGUAGAAGAUAGUGUGAAACAAGCGAAAGAGAUGGAAAACAAACCGAGCAAUCGCGAAAUCAUGAAGAAGAAGCAGCAGAAGAAGAAACUGAGCUACUAUUUAAUCCCGAGAUUUGCGUGUAUGAGAUUAGACAUGGAGGCUGGGUGCAGCGGGAGGAGGGAUCAUUCUCCCACGCACCUCGUCGUUACGGUCAAUGGUAUUAUUGGAAGUGCUCAAAAUUGGAGGUAUGCAGCAAAGCAGUUCGUGAAGGCUUAUCCAGAUGAUGUUUUAGUACAUUGCAGUCAGUCGAAUACUUCAAUGUUGACGUUUGAUGGUGUUGAUGUUAUGGGGAAGAGAUUAGCUGACGAGGUGGUUUCUGUUGUCAGCCUCCAUCCAAAUCUUCAGAAGAUUUCGUUUCUAGGCCACUCACUCGGUGGCUUGAUAGCAAGAUACGCCGUUGCUGUGCUUUACCAGCAAAAUGUGAUGCAAACCAACAUUGAGCAAAGUGGUGGUGAAUGUGUCGGUGAAGAGAAACGAAGGGGAGUUGUUGCAGGGCUCGAACCUGUGAACUUUAUUACAUUUGCAACGCCACAUCUUGGUUCGAGGGGGCAUAAACAGGUUCCGGUUUUCUGUGGUGUCUACACCAUGGAGAGACUAGCAACCCGUGCUUCGUUUCUACUUGGUAGAACGGGUAGGCAUUUGUUCUUGAGUGAUUCGGAUGAUGGAAAAGCUCCAAUUCUGCUCAGAAUGAGCAGUGAUUCUGAAGACCUGAAGUUUAUAUCUGCGUUGCAGUCAUUUAAGAGGCGUGCAGCCUAUGCAAAUGUACGUUUUGACAAUAUUGUGGGGUGGAGUUCAUCAUCACUGCGUCGUCUGAGUGAGCUCCCAAAGCGCCGGAGUCUUGAGAGAAACGCUAAAUACCCCCAUAUCGUCAACGAGGAGAAAGCAAGUGCUGUCAGCAGCCCUCAAGGAGUUCCAUUGGAAAUCAAAGCUGCUAGAGGCAGGACAAGGGAUAUGGAAGAGACAAUGAUCAGAGGGCUGACUAGGCUGAACUGGGAACGAGUCGAUGUCAGCUUCACCGGAAGUAUGCAAUGGCUUCUUGCACACAGCACAAUUCAGGUUAAAACUCAAUGUAUCAAUUCUGAGGGUGCGGAUGUCAUACAGCAUAUGAUCGAUAACUUUGUAUUGUGAGAGACUGUAUCGAGCCAUGUUUGUGUGCAGAUGAUUGUCGGGCAACGAAGUGCAGCUUAGUUAUUUUUAAAGUUUGUUGAUGGUUAGUUGCUGUGAUACUGUUUGCUUGAACAGCUAAAGAGGAAAUUAAGGUGCAGAUAGGGAAAGGGUAGUUGCUUCGCAAUGAAGUGGUGGAUUUGUAAUUUAUAGAAUAGUUUUAGUGAAUUCUGGAUCUCACUUUGUAGCUAGUACUCCCUUCGUUCCAUAGUAAUGGAGGCGUUUCUUUUCGGCA